CGCAGCCAUAUGACUUCCUCAUGUUUGCUGCCCGGGUUAAUAUAGGCUGUCAGUGGGUUGGAGUCAACGCACUGUCGCGCGCGCGCGUUUACACGGUGGUUAUUGUCGGAGCGGCACGGACGCACGGCAGCGAUGGGAGCGUCGCAGAGUCACUCGCAGCACGCCUUUCAAGACCUGGCGGACCGGACGGGAUUUUCUUGCGAGCAAAUUAGCAACCUUCACAAAAGGUUCAAGCAACUCAGCGGGAAUGAAGACACGAUAAGCAGAGACAACCUGGAGAACAUCCCAGCCCUGGCUAAAAACCCUAUAAGAACAGAGAUUAUUGAAGCCUUCUUUGAUAAAAGAAACCAGCGUCAGGAUGAGGUGGGCUCUUUCAACGAGAUUGGCUUUGAGCAGUUCCUCAUGGUCAUGUCCCACUUCCAACCGCCCACCAUGAACAUGAAGGAGGAAGAAAGGGAGGCGAUGAGAAGACAGAAGCUUCAUUUCUUGUUCAACAUGCAUGACACCGACAAUGAUGGCACCAUCACAUUGGAGGAGUACAGGAAGGUAGUAGAGGAGCUUUUGUCCAAAAGCGGAUCAAUGGGCCAAGAGUCUGCGAAAGCCAUCGCAGACGCUGCCAUGUUGGAAGUGGCGAGCACGAACGUACCUUAUAUGGAGCCAGACGAGUUCUAUGAAGGGAUUACGUUUGAGCAUUUUGUACAGAUUUUAAAAGGCCUUGAGAUGGAGUCAAGGAUGCACAUCCGCUUCUUGGAUGUGGACACCCCAACAAUGAGAUGUGGAAAAGGAUCGUCUUAAAGGAAUCUUGCUCCUUUAGAUGCUUUUUGUCGGUGCUGUUUUCAGAAGAACCCCACCAGCCUUCCUUUGGAAUAAAUCCAAAUGAUUUUUGAUAUUUGAAUCAUAGAUAUUUUCAUACAGAGAAAUCCAGAGGUGGCCUUAUGAUGGCAAAAUAAUGCCAACAAGGACCGGUUAAUUUUCUUUUGGCUACUUUAAAAAGUCUUUCUGGGCAUCUGGGUAGCGUAGCGGUCUAUUCCGUUGCCUACUAACAUGGGGAUCACCUGUUCGAAUCCCCGUGUUACCUUCGGCUUGGUCGGGCGUCCCUACAGACACAAUUGGCCGUGUCUGCGGGCAGGAAGCCGGAUGUGGGUAUGUGUCCUGGUCGCUGCACUCAUGCCUCCUCUGGGAGAGGGGGAACUGGGGGGAAUAGCGUGAUCCUUCCACGCGCUACGUCCCCCUGGCGAAAUUCCUCACUGUCAGGUGAAAAGAAGCGGCUGGUGACUCCACAUGUAUCAGGGGAGGCAUGUGGUAGUCUGCAGCCCUCCCUGGAUUGGCAGAGGGGGUGGAGCAGCGACAGGGACAGCUCGGAAGAGUAGGGUAAUUGGCCAAAUACAAUUGGGGAGAAAUAAGGUGGGGGGGGCAGGGGGAAAAGUCUUGCUAAUGCCCACAGGUUUUUAAGGUUUUCAUAGGUCCUGGGUGAAACAUUCAAACAUUUAAGGGAAAAUUAAGUUCUUUGCAAUCAAAAGGCAUAAUUUCAAAAGGCCAUACCUUUUUGGGUUUGCUGUGUUUUUCUUGUAAUUUUUUCAUUAAAUUUAUUCUCAUACACAACUGUUCAUUUAGACGUGGCAAUACUGUCAAAAAAAUCUUCCGUAACAUGAUCCAACACUAACCAAACUCUGGCCGUGCUUACAUACUACUACCUCUGUAUAUUUUCCUUUAUUCCUGGCAGUCACCUCCAUGUAACUCCAUGAAAUGAUACCACCCAGUACUGUACCAUGAAGCUGUCGUCUCCCUCUUGCUUAAAGGCAUGGCCAGUUAUGAACAGUCAUGUCAGUCAUGUUGUGUGGCACGGUUCAUCUCUUAUGGCCCACAAAUGCUAAAGACACAAUGAGAGCAUUAGAGGACCCAGACAGUCAAUGGAUUUGCAAUGUGAAAUCAAUAUCUUUGUCUUACGCAGGUCUCCGACUCAAACAUGACACCUUUUUUAACGUGGUGCUAAAAUAAAACUUUUUUAAUGGAGAGUAUGCAGCACCUAUUCAUGAAUCUUCCUCUUCUUUAAGGCAGCAACUCUUGUUUCUGUUGUUUGAAUUGUUGGGAGUUAUUAAACAGAAACAGUGAUUCAAGUUCAUUUUCUGUUGUUUAAUUCUGUUGCAGAAUCAAAUGAAAAUCCCCUUCUCCCCAAUUGUAAUCGGCCAAUUACCCUACUCUUCACAUCCGGCUUCCCACCCGCAGACACGGCCAAUUGCGUCUGUAGAGACGCCCGACCAAGCCGGAGGCAACACAGGGACUCGAACCGCCGACCCCCGUGUUGGUAGGCAAUGGAAUAGACCGCUAUGCUACCCAGGCGCCUCAAAUGAAAA